UGUUCCUCAUCUCCAGCAAUUUGCGCAGGUUAUCUAUCACUCAUUUCCGGACCAGCUUCCGCCGAGCUGAGAUUCUUUCUUUUCAAAUCUUGAUCGCCCGUCGCGUUCGCUAGUUGUCGGCGCUGCUUGCGGGCGGGUGCGCCUGAGCUGCCUCCCUACGUCGAUCAAGCGGCGAACCUCUCCCUCUGCGAGUCGGACUGUAGCGGCUUGAUGAGCGCUAGACAUCUUCUACCGGGCCGCCGUCCAGGACCGCUUGGAUGCACCCUCUAAAUCCCUUUCUCCGCGCCUUUUUUCGGAGCACUGUGCCGGGGCAGUGCGUCCCAAUUGAGAAUCAUGUGCUGCUCGUACCCGUGAGCGAAUCCCUAAUAGGGUCGCGCGAUCGCGAAUCAUCCUUAUUCUACUCCGACCUCGUCGUAUCCGAAGAAUUCCUAGGCAGUCAUACUUUACGGACCACGGUGUCGAACGGGGUAGGAGGGCGCGAUGACCCGGGCGUUCGGGAUGGUAGGAACAAGGCCAAACAAGUAACUACAGUCAAUGGGAGGACCGUGAUUAUCAGGGACAACUCGGUAUACAGCAAUAAGGGUUUCAAGUCGCUGAGCCAGGCGCAAUUGCUGUCCGACGCCUUGUACUAUGCUCCGAACAGCGACUCACAGCCAUGGCUCGUGUAUUUCAUCUCCAGGCCCUUGGUUGGCUCGUUCGAGCCCGCGAAAAUUACACCCGCCGUGGUUCCUGGCAUCGUCCCCAAGCUUGAUGCGCCGCCGUCCAGUGGCAAGUCCGAGACAUCAGGCAACUCUGUCUCGUCGCUUCCGAAGAAGGAGAUUCGCACGUUUGGUGAGCUGCUGGCUCACUUCCCGAUGAUCGCAAGGCAGAUGCAGCCGGGAUUAGAAAGGCUAUUCAGGGAAUUUGGAAAGGAGCUUGGGAAACCGUUACCACCGCCGCCCUCGCGGUCACCGAUGUUGGAUGACGGCGAACACAUCCGAGCCCGUGAAGAAUCGCUUGCAGACGAGGUCGCUUCAAUACGCAGUUCAUCGUCACGCCGCAGCAGAGGCCUGCCCUUCAAUUCCGAAGAAUACUUUGAGGAUGAUGAAGAUCUGAUGAGACGCAGCUUGGAGACAGCUGUCACCGCCGCGAUUGACCUAUUUCGGCUUGUCGACCAACAACAAUUGUCUCUCCUUGGAGCGACGACUGAUUUGACGGGCCCCGUAGUUGAGCGGUUUAUCGAGCGAUACGUUGCCGAGCAGGUCCAUGAGUCCUUACUCUUCCCUCGACUACGCAGUUUCCGCCAACCAGAAGAUGCCGAGCUGGACUCCAGGAUUCGCCAGAUGGAAUAUAUCGACGUGUCCCAGGUUGGGCUUAGCGUGGAGGGAGGUCGAGAAGGAAAACGUGAGCUCUUACUGCGACUUGGUAAAGCCGUGAAUGAGUUUCGAAAAAUCCUGGACGCCAAGUGUCCCCACGAUAUGCUCAAUACCCUUUUGGAGACAGUCAAGGUCCUGUCCUACUCGGGCGAAUACGACAAAAGUGAUGAGAAGCAAUCGGCUUCAGUGACGGUGAACGCCGACAUCCUCGUAUCAUUGCUACUCAUUGUGGUGAUCCGGUCUCAAGUAAAACAUCUACAAGCACGGCUGCUGUAUAUGCAACAUUUUAUCUACAUCGAUGACGUUGACAGCGGAGAAAUGGGAUACGCAUUGAGCACCUUUGAGGCCGUCCUUACUUAUCUGAUGGCCGACCCUGCCGGGCUUCGAAGAGCUAGUAUCCGAAAUAAGCGCCUGUGGAAUGCUACAAAAGCCGGCCGCGUGUCCGACAUGAAAGCCAUUCUAGAACCAGACGGCGAUCAUGAAUCACUCUACGACGCUCAAUCUGAUACAGACCCUCAAGGCCUUGCAUUAGACGGGGAGCAACUCGACCUCCAGUCCUUGAGGAUUACUCCACUAUUCGGAGACCAAGAAUACAUGGGCGAAGAGCAAAGUAAUGGGGCUCCAUCAGGAGCACCACCGCUUGCUCAUGUAUUCCCAUUCCAGACAUGGGGAGCCCCAUCUCCACCUCCCGAGACGAAGCGUCCCAUCAAGCGGGUGUCAAUGGACGUUCGCAGUCUCUCAGAGUCGUCUGGGAUCUCGUUUCUCUCCCGGACUACCACCAUAAACUCGGUAAACACAGCCAUUGAAGGAGAUAGCUCAAUUGAGACACUGGCCAAGACACAGGAUCCACGGGGUGACUCGAUAUUAAUGAUGGCGGUUGAGAGCCGACAUCCCGAGGCCUUGAAAUAUCUUCUCAGCCUAAACGAGUACUACUCAGUCACAGAUGUCCUAAGUGAUACGAACACUGAUGGGACUACUCUGCUGAGUGCUGCCGUUCAGCUUGCGCAGACUGACAUCGUUGACAUUCUGAUCAAUUACCUCAUGGAUUCGACCAACGAAGCUGCUCUUGCGGCUUACCUGCGAAAGUCUGACGAGCGAGGGCGUACAGUUGCGCACUACUUAUUCAGCACUCCAUCAUUGAUGAGAAGGCUCAGGGGACUACUUCCGUGGCGUCAACGCGAUAAGAAUGGACAGACCCCCCUAUUUGCUUUGUGCAGGUCGUACGACCAUCAAGAUUACAAGGCAAUGGUUCAUGAGGCUCUCACAGCUGCUCAAGAGUCUCAGGGAGACGGUAAACCUCUGCGCCUCGAUGACCACGUGGACUCUAAAGGCAACACACUGCUGCAUAUUGUCAGUGAUCCCGAGAUUACCAUUCGGAUACUCAGGGAAAGCGACUGUGAUCCGAACGCGACAAACGACAAGAGAUUCACACCUUUGAUGAUGGCUAGCAAAUACGGCCGGGUUGACCAAGUGCGGAUUCUCUUCUCAGACUCGAGAGUAGAUCUUCACGUCAAGGAAGCUCGAGGCUUGACGGCUGUUGAACUAGCAAAGGAUGACGAAGUCCGCAACCGCAUCGACGACUUGAUCCUCCUUUCCAACUCUCAAUCAACCCACGAUGAGACUUCCGGCCGCGUCACAACAGUGGUACGCUCCUUUUUUGUCGAAGACGCAACCGUCCGCUUCGUCCUCAAAUCAGGCGCCCCAAGCCCUCCAGUGAACGGUCAGGAAAUACCCGCAAACACUAAGAUGUACACGGUAACCACAUGUCGCCGAACAUUCUCCGACUUUGAAACUCUCGCCGAAUGCCUCUCCCUCGAACACCCUGCCUCCUACAUGCCCUCCCUCUCCGACUUCCGCAGCCCGUUCCAGAUCCACUCGAAACCCUCGCGCGCCGUUCUCCACAAUAUGCAAGAACGCCUGGAUCGCUUCCUCAAAAUCCUGCUAUCGCACCCGACCUUCGCAACCCACGAGCUCCUUUGGGAAUUCAUCCUCGUCCCAGAACUCCAACCACAAAUGAUGGCUGAGCGCUCCCACCGCAAAGCCCAAGUCCGAACCGAAUCCAUCCUCGAAGAACACGAACCCAUCACCCAGGACGGCAUCCGCGAAGCCGAACAAUUCAUCUCCCACGCCCAGGACAUGGUCCGCGCCACACACAACCACACCCGCACCCUCCUCCGCCGAGGACACGCAUUACAAAACGCAGCGUCCGACCUCGCCGACGCCCUCGCCCUCGCCUCAACAUCCCUAUCAUCCCUUGCACACCCCACAAACGCCCUCCCCAACGCCCACAUCGAAGCCUUCACCCGCUAUGCCGCCGCCCUCUCAACUUCCUCCUCAGACUCCUCCCCUCUCCUCCUCUUCCUCUCAACCCUCUCUUCAACCGACGCAACCACAACCGCAAUCCUAUCCUCUCUCUCACGCCCACUCUCCCUAAUCUCAACCCUAACCUCUGCAACCCGCAACCUCGCCCGCUCCCGCAACCAGCUCUCCUCCUCUUCGCUCCCCCGGAAAUUCAACCUGAACUUCCCGGGCCUCGAGGAAUCCCGCGCUCGCUCAAUCCGCGACCUCACUCAGAAGAUCACGGACUCGGAAUCGCAAAUUGGUCGACUUUCAAGGGAGCUCAGCUGGAACAAGGACGUCGUUGUGGGCGAGUUGGCUGGGUGGACUUCGUGGAGGGAGAAUGUGGGCCGCGAGGCGAUUAGGGCUUUUGUUCGGGGAACGCUUGUACGUGAGAGGGAGCGGAGGAAGAGGCUUGAGAGGUGUUUGAGGGGUGUAAGGGAGAUGAAAGAGCUGUAAUAUGUUAGGUCUUGAUGGUUUGGUGUUGUGGUUGCUGCAUUGAUCGCUAGAUAGAUCCGAUUAGCCUUGUAUUUUAUGGGAGUUUUACUCUUUAUGUAUUCUUUUUCACCCCCGGCGUUUGUGCUUCUUAUAUGGUGGUUACGUAGUGGGAAUACAUAUGUACCGACAAUUGACCUCAGAUUCGGAAAGCCGGCUUACCUUGUCGAUCUUAGGGCUUUCGUUGCGAAGACCCAACCACUCUGCAACUGAAGUGGAUCUAGUCUCCGGAAGGUUCUCCAAGGUGUAUACUUGUCUGUUUUCAUCAAAAGAUGUUUAUUAUAAUUCAUGUCUAGUCCUAUCA